AUGAGCAGCAGUAACACAACCAUUAGCACUAUCCAAUCUCCUUCAGGUGAAAAACAAGAUAAUACCGAAACAGUUGAUAGUGAUGAAAUGACAAAGGUAGAAAUCACAUUUCCAAUCGCUGAACUUAAUAAACUGGAGGAAAUGAUAAAUAAAACACGUUGGGUAGUUCCAGUUUUACCGGGUGGUGAAUUACUGGUGUUAUUAGAGUCUUCCAUUAAAAUUGGCCAACAAAGUGAUAUAUUUGAAUGUACAGAUGAAGCACAUCAAUAUUGUCAGAGAUUUAUUAAAGAUGGCCUAGUUUCAUCCUUUACUAAAAUUUUAUGCGAUGAUGCCAGAUCAAUUGUGAAAAACAUUGAGAAACUGGUAGAAUUAUGCGUUGUAACGUUUCAUCAAGAUAUUUUGCCGUUACUUGAUUUAUUAGCUGUAGCAAUGAAUCCGAGCUCAAGUGGAUCGCGUGCUGAAUGGACCCAAUCUAACUGUGCCAAUCAUUGCGUCCUUGAUCAGGCCAUUCGGAAAUUGUGCCGAUUUCUUAACGGAAACUACCCUUCGGAAUUACAUGAUGCCUAUUGUGGUGAGGAUCAUAUCACCAAGUUAUUGGAUAAGCUCAGCGAUGACGAGUUGAAGAAAGAAUCCAAGAGUGAAUCGAAAAGUGACGCAAUAUCUAGCAUUAUUAGGGCUUUGAAGAAUCUGUCUGUUAGGGUGCCAGGCAAAGAAGAAGUAAUCCGAACUGUUGAACUGUUUAGACUUAAGAUUGUAUUAAGGUUAUUACAGAUGUCUUCCUUCAAUGGCAAAAUGAGUGCCUUAAACGAGAUGAACAGAUUAAUAAUGAACGUAUCGUACAUUACUCAUCGUAAUACUGGCUCUUCAUAUCCAGAUGAUGAUUGGCUAACAGCGGAUCGAAUCGCUGAAUGGAUACAACAAAAUGAUGUUCUUAAUGUAGUUUUACGGGACAAUUUACAUCAACCACAAUACGUUGAAAAAUUAGAGAAAAUCCUUCGUUUUGCGAUUAAAGAAAAGGCUGUUACAUUUCGUGAUCUUGAUUUAAUAUGGGCGGCCCAGGCUGGAAAACACGAAGCCAUUGUAAAAAAUGUGCAUGAUUUGCUAGCAAAGCUAGCUUGGGAUUUUUCCGCGCAACAACUGGAUUAUUUAUUCGACUGUUUUCAAAAAAGUUGGACCAAUGCAUCUAAUAAACAAAGAGAGAAAUUGAUUGAAUUGAUUAGACGUCUUGCAGAAGAUGAUAAAGAAGGCUUCAUGGCCCAAAAAGUUUUAGAAUUAUUGUGGAAUUUAGUUCACGACAGGGACGUCCCUAUUGAAAUUAUGGAUUUAGCCUUGUCUGCACAUAUUAAAAUUUUGGACUACAAUUGCUCACCGGAUCGCGAUGUACAAAAGACAAAUUGGAUCGAUAAAUGUGUAGAAGAGCUGAAAGAAAGUAAUUGGGUCAUUCCAGCUGUCAAGCACAUCCAAGAAAUUUGUCAGCUAUUUUAUGAGGCACCUCGAGAUUAUUCUCGUUCUCAGCCAUUAUCGCAUUUAUUUUAUCGCCAUGAAGUUAUAAAUCAGUUACAACAGAAACACAAAAUUGUUUCUGUAACCGCAGAAAACUUAUCGAUUUAUAUGAAUAAGGCCAGAGCACAUUUUCAAGCUUUUCGAGAGAAUUCCACCUCAGACGUUAUGCCUGCUUCGCACUAUUCCCAUUCUCAACAAGUUGACGAAAGACUUACAUUUUUGAGAUAUUGUUUAAGAGACGGCCAUCUAAUUUUACAAUUGCCUGAAGCCGAACUUAUUUGGUUUUGCUUGGCUGAAAAAGGAAUCCACUUAAGUGAUAGAGAAGCUUGUUUUACUUGGUUUUCUAGGAUUUUAGAAGAUACCACUGUAAUGCAACCUGAGACAUGUCAGAAGUUCUUUGAAAAAAAUAUUCUGACGUUCGACCCUAGCCUUCUUACAGAAAACGGCGUCAGGUGCUUUGAAUUAUUUUUUCGUGCUGUUAACGGAGGUACUAAAAUUAAUAAUGAAACAAAGCCGAUAUACAAACAUGACCAAGAGCUCAUUGGUGUAGAUUAUAUCUGGAGGGUUGUAUUAUGUAGCGAAGAGGAUGUGGCAAAUAAAGCGAUUGAGUUAUUGAAGGAAACUUAUAUAACCUUAAAUCCAGAUGUACAGAAUAGUCAGGUUUUGGCUGAUAGCGAAUUUAUAGAGACUUGCAUGAAACGCUUGCAAGUGUCAUGCAACAAUUUAAGGUCUUUUGCUAUGACCGAAAGUAGUUCCACCGAAAGUCAAGACAUGAUUGUCAGAGAAGCUACUCGUAACGUUAGAGUCCUGAAAGUAAUAAAGGAUUACUUUGCAGACUGUGAUGAUGAAUUUUCUGGAGAUAGGACAAUCUUACCGCAUGGGAGGUUAAGGUCUUGUGGUAAUAAUCGUACGGAUUUAUAUGUAAAUAAUGAAAUUUUAAAUCCGGCUGAUGAUAACAAAUUGGUUUGUGAUAUGCCAAUACGUGAUAGAUCGAUCAUAUAUGCGAAAGUAAAUCAAGGAAUUAAUUCUGUACCGUCGUCGCCAGACAGUUCUUCAGAAUCUUCUUCUGGCUAUCCUAAUGGGCAUUAUGAUGGCCCAAAUAUUGAUGCAGAAAAAUGCCUACCAGGAGUGGUAUUUGCUGGAAUGGAAAACCAUGUUAAAUUUUUGUUCGACCUGGCUGAUGUGGGUGCUAUUUUCGAAGCAACCGAUGGCAUAGUAAAUGGUGUCUAUGAUUUGCUGCAACGAUUACCCUCAGCAAAUUUUAUUACAAAGAACGUAGAAACGGUGUGUAAAGGUAUAGUUGAACAGUAUGAUGAAGUUCAUGACGGAGGAAUGUUGAAAAACCAACUUGGGGAGACCGUUUCUCUACGCAGUCUGUAUUCGUUAGAGGUAAUUUACGCUAUGUUGAUGCCUGCUUUUUUACCACAAAGUGAAAGCACUGAAAAUUUUCAGAAAUCCUUUAUUAAAUCUGGUGGUUUAAGCUAUAUUUUUAGCUUUCUUCGGCAAAAUAUAUCUGAGCAAUCGUGUAAUAGAAUGAUACAGAGGCAAUUAUGCCAUCUGUGUUUGAAAAUAGGAAAAUUUUUGCUGACCGUAACUGGUCAUGCCCAGGUUGCAAUCGUUGCUGAUGCUGUUCGUGAAAAUGGAAAUUCAUCUGUUACGCCUGCUGCACACUCGGCUGCUCUAGUUUUACAACAAGCUUUGCAGACAGUUCCAUGUCCUCAAUCUGAGUUUAUGUUAAUAAAUAUCGCCGCAAAAAUGGGGAAAAUUAUGAAAGAGAAGGCUACAAGGUACAUGCCUAGUAUUGAAGACAUACGGCUUUUCAUCAAGAUUGCUUGGACUUCCGCUGGCGGUCUCCUGUCUUGCAUCAAUAUCUCUAUCGACGAAUUACAGAAGGCUUUCCGUCAUGGAAAGACCUCGACGGUUACAUCGUGUAUUGACGAAGGUCCUGUUGCAAUGGAAGCCCUUGAGGUUUUAGGUGUAUCCUUGGCGCUGUGUCCUUCAAUUUUGGAUACACUUAGUCGUGAAAAGUCAUGGCAGCUGUUUAUCGUAGACGUGUUGUCUGUUCGAAUUUGUGCUGCUGAGCAGUUUUUAACGAUCGCUACUAAGUGUAGCCCUGGAAAUAGAUGUCUCUUACAUUUUCUAGAACUAUUUUUUUCAAUUUUAACGACUGCUGUAGAAGAAUUUGCGCUGUUUUCUGGAGAAUACUUUUUGCUUUCAUGCAGGCUGUUAAAUUACGGCCAUGUAACCAAGGUCCCAGUUUCUAAAGCGGAGAACUUGCUUCUUAAUGAAAUUAGUUGGUUACGAAAUAUAAAGGAGAAAUUUAAAAAGAAUAACGUGCUUGGUGACAUUGAUCAAAUAUUACUAGACGGCCAUCUAAGCGUCACCAAAGAGCUCUUAUCCUUUAUCUCCGGUCAAAAGAAAUCGUACAUUGGCUGCAAAUAUGACAACAUUAGUUUCAUAGAGGAACUCAUGUACCAAUUUUUGUUUCCUGCUUCGAAGUUGCUACAUGAUAUUGGAUCCAAGAAAGACGACAUAAAUUGGAAACAGGUGAAGCGAAUUUGUCAUACCCCUAUUACUACUAAUGCCGCAAUGGAUCUAUUAGUCGCAUUCUGUGUCGGUUCAAUAUCGAACUUCCACCUUGUAUGCAAUAUUUUAUCUGAAUUGUUUAAUUACCCGGAAAUUUCUAAUGCUUUGGAUGUCUGGGAGUAUUCUCCUACCGUUGGAUGUAGACCUUCUAAUGGUUAUGUUGGACUAAAAAAUGGUGGUGCUACAUGCUAUAUGAAUUCUGUGCUACAGCAGGUAUGUAAAAGUGUCCUAAACGUUCAGACAAGUUUUGAAAAAGAAGAGGUAGACGCUUACGACGGUUCUGAUAAGGGAGGCGAUAUCGAGUUGAAUAUUGACCCCUAUAUCCGGGAAGAUCGGCAGAGGUUUCAAGAUAGUAGAAAAGAUAUGCCGAUAAAAGAAUAUAAUUUAUGUUUGUUAAAGCAAGUACAGAGUAUAUUUGCGCAUUUAACCGAAAGUCUUUUACAAUACUAUAUCCCUCGUGGUUUCUGGAAAAUGUUUCGUCUUCAAGGUAAUCCAGUUAAUUUAAGAGAACAACAGGACGCUUACGAAUUCUUUAAUAGUUUAGUGGAUACACUGGAUGAAGCAUUGAAAGAUCAAGGUUUUCCGCCAUUUUUGUCGCAUGUUUUUGGUGGUACAUUUGCUGAUCAAAAGAUCUGUAAGGGUUGCCCUCACCGUUAUUCGCGAGAUGAAUCUUUCACCGCAAUCAGCGUUGAUAUUCGUAACCAUCAGAACAUGGUUGAAUCUUUAGAGCAAUAUGUUAAAGGAGAUUUGCUCGAAGGCGUUAAUGCAUAUUAUUGUGAAAGAUGCGAUAAAAAGGUUGACACCGUGAAGAGGAUGUGUAUUAAAAAGUUACCAAAGAUUUUGGCAAUUCAGUUGAAAAGAUUUGAUUACGACUGGGAAAGGGAUUGCGCUGUAAAAUUUAACGAUUAUUUUGAGUUUCCACGUGAAUUCGAUAUGGAGCCAUUUACUGUGGCUGGACUGGCUAAAAUUGAAGAUGAAAGCAUAGAAGAUAUCGAAACUGAUAGUGAAGACUCUCCAGUUACUCAGUACCGGCUAGUUGGCAUGAUUGUACACAGUGGUCAAGCUAAUGGUGGUCACUAUUAUUCUUAUAUAAUAAAAAGGGGUGAAGAUGGUAAUGGUGGUCAGUGGUUUAAAUUUGAUGACGGAGAUGUUACAGAAUGUAGGAUGGACGACGACGAGGAAUUGAAAUCUCAGUGUUUUGGUGGUGAAUACAUGGGUGAGGUAUAUGAUCAAGUAGUAAAAAGAAUGUCAUUCCGACGUCAAAAAAGAUGGUGGAAUUCCUAUAUCCUUUUUUAUGAAAGAAAAGACAUUGUAGAUAAUGAUGGAAAUAUGCAUGGUUUCCAGCAAGCUGUAAAUAUACCUAAACAAAUUCACGGUGCCGUCAUUCGACAAAAUAUCUAUUUUUUGCACGAACAAAUGCAUUAUAGCUACGAAUACUUUCAAUUCAUUCGUAAGCUAAUAAUUGCCAACUUUCAGCACCUUAGCCGGGAUAAUCAACCACCUGAUCUGGAAGAAUUUGGUGUUUUAAGUAUCGAGAUGGCUAGUAAAUUUUUAUUUAGUAUAGGAUUUAGAACGAAAAAGGGCAUUAGGGGUUCAUAUAACGACUGGUACGAUGCUAUUGCGUUAAUAUUUCGCCAUAGUAGAAAUGCAAGAAUAUGGUUUGCACGGAAUGUGCUAUUUGCGCAUCCUCAAAGAUUUACAGAAUAUCUAUUGGAAUGUCCAGUUGGGGAGAUGCGGUACACAUUUGCCAAAAUUAUUGUUACACUAUGCCAUCUGACAUUGAUAGAAACACCGACAUCACCUUUGAGAUUAUCAUCAGCGGAUAAUGAUGACGAGGAGACCGAAUAUACGCAUUCUAUUAGUGAUAACAUUCUUAAGGCAGUUUUAUCGCUAAUUAAUAGAGAUUUGCCUGAACAUGGCCGAUAUUAUCAACAGUAUUUUCAGUUGUUUUUAAUGUAUGCUAAUUUUGGAAUGGGCCAGAGAAUUCAACUGCUACGCUUAGGCGUUGCAGAUGUCUUUAUGAACUUAAGUUCGGACGAAAAUACGGGAUCGGUAUUGAGAUACCAAUCUCAGGAUCUUAGUAAACUACAUGCAGUUACUUCGAUACUUAUUCGCAGCUGUGAUAUAUCCAAUAAAGAAAAACAAUGUGAAACCAUGCCUGGCAAUUAUGGAGAAAACCCAUAUACCGAGCUCUCACCACAUGAUCAUAAAAAAUGGAUUCUACCGUUACCUCGAGAAGUAGAAAUGUUGUUAUUUAUCAGAAAAAUAUAUUUGAAGAAGAUCUUGGAAGAAUAUCCUGGAAAUGAAGAAACCGCCAAGUUGAUCGAGUUUUGUUCUUGGGAAAAUGAGCAUUUCUCGAGGCUGAUUGUUUCCAAGCUGCUCUAUUAUAUCCAGCACGCUCCGUCUGGGGAUCGUUUAAAGCCUUACAUAGAUUUAUUUGUUAGUGUGUUGACCAUAGAAGAUUCUUGGCAACAACAGCGUAUACACCUAGCUAUGCAAGGUAUUUCCGAUGAACGACUUGGUAUCUUUGAUAUCAUUAUCAACUCUCGUGGUCGUCAUCAAAAGCGCUCAUAUUUGUGUAUGAAAUUCCUUGUAUCAUUUAUUCCUAGCUAUAGAGUGGCAUUGGAAUUAUUUCAAGAUAAUCAUGUUUGGAAGCAAAAGUGGACUGAAGCAGUUAACUGGCUAGGAGACGAAUUGGAUAGGAAUACCUAUCCUACCGGUAGCGGCUAUGGUUAUACAAAUUGGUCUCCCCCUGCACAAUCGAACGAAACUUCGGCUGGAUCACUUUUGGAACGAUCUAAUAGUGCACGUGUUGUUUACGCGAAAGCUUUGGAAUUAGUCGAUGAGGGUGAAUAUGAUGAUAUUGAAGAAAUCGAUGAACUUAACGCUCAAAAUGAGCGUAACAAACGCUAUCACGCAGCCCCUAAUCGUUACUUUCCGGAAUCUGACGAUAAUCUUGCUGCUAGCGAAUCGACGCGGCACGAAAAUUCUGAUGAAGAAAAUAGAGGCUCAAGGAGAAAUUUAGGAAAUUAA